AUGAGUGAUCAAACCUCUUCUUCAGGUCCUGUGACCAUCGUGGUCGAGCAUCUGGACCCCGAGUUGGGCGCUUGGUCCGCUCUGGAGUAUGGCUGCAUUGCCCGUGAAGCGCAUGCCUCGGGGAGCAGAUUUCUGCUCAGCUCCGUGCCCACCUCCCUGCAGAUGCCGGAGGAUCUGGCAGCCACCCCAGGCCUCAACGUCGAGCACCGCAGUGUGGAGGAGAUUUUUGCGGACCGCAAGUCUCGGGUCUGCCUGUUGGACCCUUCCGCCACGGUUGAGUUGAGCCCCGCUGAUGCAGAGACGUUCGAUGUCUUCCUUUUCGGUGGUAUCCUGGAUCGCACCUCGGAGUUGAGAAAGAAGGGCUAUGCUGGCCGUAGACUGGGCCCUGUGCAAAUGACCACGGAUACAGCUGUGCGCGUCACUCGCCUAGUUGUGCACGAUAAGAUUCCGUUGGAGGAAAUCAAAUACGUUGACCACCCCGAGAUCCUGAUCAACGAGCACGAACGGACUGAGAUGCCUUUCCGCUAUGUUGUGGACAAGGAUGGUCAGCCCAUCAUGCCUCCGGGCAUGGUGGACUUGAUCAAGAAAGACGCCGACCAGGUCUCCAUCACCAAGAUGUCGACAUGGGCACUGUCGACGCUCCUUCUACUGAGUCCCGCCGCUGUCGUGGCCAAGUCGGCGGCUGACUAUUAUAUCCAUUCCCUGCCGGGUGCACCGGACGGUCCGCUGCUGAAAAUGCACGCUGGGCACGUCGAGGUCGACGCCCAGAGCAAUGGGCAUCUCUUCUUCUGGCACUACCAAAACCGGCACAUCGCCAAUCGCCAACGCACCGUGGUGUGGCUGAAUGGUGGGCCUGGGUGCUCCUCGAUGGACGGAGCGCUGAUGGAGAUUGGACCGUAUCGACUGAAGGACAACCACACCCUCGAAUAUAAUGAGGGCUCCUGGGACGAGUUUGCCAACCUGCUUUUUGUCGAUAAUCCGGUUGGAACGGGCUUCAGCUACGUCAACACCGAUAGCUAUAUUCACGAGCUCGACACGAUGGCGGCGCAGUUCGUGGUAUUCUUGGAGGAGUGGUUCAAGCUGUUUCCGGAGUACGAGAGUGAUGAUAUCUACCUUGCGGGCGAGUCCUACGCCGGACAACAUAUCCCCUAUAUCGCGAAGGCCAUGCAAGAACGCAACAAAAACGUCUCCAAUUCCAACACCGCGCAGUGGCGGCUGAAAGGUCUUCUUAUCGGCAACGGUUGGAUCGCCCCCGAGGAGCAGUACAUGUCCUACCUGCCGUUCGCCUACGAAGAGGGGCUCAUCGAGGAAGGCAGCGCGGCGGCCAAGGAACUCGAAGUGCUACAGUCCGUCUGCCAGUCACGGUUGGAAGCGGGCAAGAACAGGAUCCACGUCAACGACUGCGAGAAGAUUCUGAAUGGCAUCUUGGAUAAGACGAUUGUCAACAAUCAGUGCUAUAACAUGUAUGACAUUCGUUUGCGCGACAGCUUGGACGCCUGCGGAAUGAAUUGGCCGACGGACUUGGUGGAUGUGAAGCCCUAUCUACAGCGAGAGGACGUGGUGGCGGCUCUGCACAUUGACCCGGCCAAGAAGUCGGGCUGGACCGAGUGUUCCGGCGCGGUCAGCAGCAACUUCAACCCUCAGAGAUCUGUGCCAUCCGUCCGGCUCCUGCCCGAGCUUUUAGAAUCCGGCGUGGAGAUCCUCCUUUUCAGCGGCGAGAAGGACCUUAUCUGCAACCACGUCGGCACCGAGCAACUGAUCAACAACCUGAAAUGGGGCGGCGGUACGGGGUUCGAAACCUCGCCGGGCGUGUGGGCGCCCCGACACGACUGGACCUUCGAGGGCGAGGCGACGGGCAUUUAUCAAUACGCGCGCAACCUGACCUACGUACUGAUCUACAACUCCAGCCACAUGGUGCCGUACGACCUCCCCCGCCAGACGCGGGACAUGCUGGACCGGUUCAUGAACGUGGACAUUGCCAGCAUCGGCGGCCACCCGACGGAUUCGCGCAUCGACGGCGAGAAGCUGCCGCAGACCUCGGUGGGCGGCCACCCCAACAGCACCGCGGCCGAGGAGCAGGAGAAGCAGCGCCUCAAGGAGACGGAGUGGAAGGCGUACGCCAAGUCCGGCGAGGCCGUCCUCGUGGUGGUGAUCAUCGGGGUGAUCGUGUGGGGGUUCUUCAUCUGGCGCAGCCGCCAGCGGCACCACGGCUACCGGGGCGUGAUGCAGAAGAACAUGAGCAGCAGUAGCUCGGUGCUGGAGCGGUUCCAGAACAAGCGCACGGGCGGCGAUGUCGAGGCGGGCGACUUUGAUGAGUCGGAGUUGGAUGACCUGCACUCGCCGGGUCUGGACCGGGAGCACUAUUCGGUGGGCGAGGACAGUGACGAGGAGGAGCAGCGGGGCGAACACAGCCAGCAUUCGGCGGCGCGGGGGAGUGAUCAUCUAUGA